AUGUCGAAAGAGCUAGAAGGCGUGAAAAAGAAGCGACGUUUUAUGAGGAAGUCGGUGACGGACAGUUUAAAGUUGAUUGACGAAGCGUUUGCAGAGGAAAAUAGUCAUGCUAGAGUUCAGGUACUGAAAGAUAAUAUUUUAAGUAAAUGGAAUGAUUUAACAGAGGUACAAGCCUCGCUUUCUAUAUAUUUGGAAGACAGUGAAAUUGAUAGUGAAUGUGCAGGACACAAUGAGUAUGAAAUGAGAGUUAUGGAUUAUAUGGCUAGAAUGACAAAGUAUUUAAGUGUUAAUACACAUGCUGAGAACAGCAAUGGGUCUAACGAGAGUGGGUCAAGUUUGGGGUCCACAUGUAAAGUUCAAGUUAGACUGCCAAAGAUUCAAUUACCAACACUUGAUGGGGAUAUAUUGUGUUGGCAGUCAUACUAUCAGUCUGUUAAAGUGUUCAUUGUGGAUAAUAGUGCUUUAGCUGAUUUGCAAAAACUAUAGUACAUUAUGCGAUCACUGAAGGGUGUAGCUGCUGAGUCGGUUAAGGGAUUUUCAAUAGUGGCUGAGAAUUAUGAAUCUGUUUUGUCAACUCUGAAGGAAAGAUUUGGUCAUUCAAGGUUGAUCUUGGAUGCCCAUAUGAGGGGUUUGAUCCAUUUACCCAGAUUGAGUGCUGAAGAUGCAACAUCUAUGAGAGUGUUUUAUGAUAAAGUAGUCGGGCAUGUUCGCUCGGUUGAGUCAAUGGGAGAGAAGUAUAGCUCUGAAACCUUGGCACCAGUAUUGGUUCCUUUGAUUGUUGAUAAGCUACCAAAAAAACUUGUGGAAAAGUGGGAGCUUGAAAUUGGAGAUAAGAAAGAGGACUGUUUGCCUAUAAAAACACUCUUUACUUUCUUAGAGCAAGUCAUAAGGGCAAAGGAAUCUAGUACACAAGCCCCUAAUGUAGAAUCCAAACCUCCAAAGAAUAUUUCUUUGAAGGAAGGAUUUCACAAAAAUCCAUCAUUCAGAAGGUCUUCAACAUCAGCGUUGUGUUCGUCUACUCAAACUCAAGAAAAAGAGUGUGUUGUUUGUGGUAAGGAUUACAAUGUGUGGUCUUGCAUUAACUUCCUUUCAUUGACAGUGAAAGAGAGAUUCCGGAAAGUUAGUGCUAAAGGUCUGUGUUUCCUGUGUUUGGAAGGUGGUCAUAGGUCGAACAGCUGUAGUCGAAAGACAUUGUGUAAGCAUUGUAGAGGUCGUCACCAUCACCUUCUCCACACAGACCAGCUGCCCCCAAAUAGAACACAUCCAGACAAGACUGAAGUCACAGAACGUCAGUCUGCAAGUCAAGAGGAUGCGUCAAGAGGAUGCGUCAAAGAAUGUAACAGCCAAUUCAGUUGGAACUGAUGACAUUGUAAAGGUGAUUCUACAAACAGUCCCAGCUGUUUUGUGUGGUUCUAAUGGGAACUCAAAGGUUGUUCGCUGUUUUCUUGAUUCAGGUUCACAAACUUCCUUUAUAAAGCAAAGUGUUAUAGAAGAGUUAGGUCUCGAUGGAUCUAGUGUUCAAAUUUCUGUGUCUGGCUUUGGUGGAAAGCAAGAUAAAGCAUGUCUUCGAAAGAGAAUAUCCUGCACACUAGCACCUGUGGACAGGCCCAGGUGUUCACGAGAGUUUGAAGCACUCACCACUGCAGAGAUAUGUCACCCAGCUGAUGCGGUCGAGGUUAAUCCAGCAAAUUGGGUGCACCUGAAAGAUGUAAACUUUCCAGAAGAAUUUCCAGGGAGCAAACGCCAAUUGAUGUUCUCAUUGGUUUAG